AAAUGAGAAAGUCUGGGAACUUGAUAUGUGUUAUUUAGGGUACUUAAAUGAGUAGUAAAAUUAGAAAAAUGUGGAUGGGAAGAAUUAAUACUUACCAGCUUCAGUAUAGUAGUUCUCUCGGGGGAGGGGAAAAGGAGGGAAUUUAGGUAGAAGGGAAGGGUCAUUUAUUAAUUUUGUAACACUUCUUUCCAUUUUGUCUUUAUUUGCUUCUGAUUUUUUAAAAUGUAUUAAAUCUGGGUAAUUUGUCAUAUUGAGAAACAGUAUAGCAUAGCAUUUAGAAAUAGUAUUCUGGAAUCCCAGAUGCACUGCUUACCAGCUCUGUGACCUUAGGCAAGUGACUUAACAUCUCUUAUGUUUCAGUUUUCUUAUCUGUAAAACAGGGGUAAUAACAGUACCUAGCUCAUGAGAUUGUUGUGAGAUUAAAUGAGUUUAUGUGUGUUUGCUAUUAUACUAUGUGCUGUGUGUUUGUAUUGUUUUGAAACAUUUUAAAAUUACAGUACAAUGAAAGAAUUUUGAAGAUGCCUUGGAAUUUGUUGCAAUGGUAUUUGACAAGAAUGAUAUAUAACAAGCUUUUUUGUAGCAGUCCCUUGAUGACUUUUUCCUCCACGUAAAAAAGUUUUGUUGUAUCCGCUAGCACAAAUACACUCAAUGAAAAAGGUUGAAAUAUAUAUAAUUCAUAAAAGCCUCCAACAGUUGAUUUCAUAAAUGUAAAUGUAACUGUUAAGUCAUAAAUUUCAGGUCAGCUAAUUCUUAUUUUCAUCUUUCUCUUUCUAAUGAGAUGUCAACAUUGGAAAUUACUCACAGAAUGUACUAACUCAGCCAGUUGACACCAGCAUUUCUUCCUUCAGACAAUUUGAACCCCUUUGCAAAUUUCAUCAGCCAGAAGCAUUUAAUAAUGAAAUGGUAACAUUUCAAAAUCUGACAGAAGGCUUAUCUUAUACAGAGGAGCCAGAAUUCCAACGUCAUGUGUAUAAUUAUGCAGAAGACACCAAUAUACAGGAAGAUUCAUUUAAGGAAGAAAAUCCAAAAGGAACUAGCACUUCCACAAAUAAAGAUCAACUUGUUCUUAAGUGUGUCAGACAACCUCCUAGAAGGCCACCUCUAAUCCACUGCAGUGGAGAGAUGCUGAAAUUCAUGGAAAUGUCACUGGCUAAUAGUACUGCCAUGGAAUCUUCACUCAACCCUAGUCAACCUCAAGUCUUCUUGUGUGAGGAAAAUUUACACAGUGAUGUUGAACAAGCACUUUAUAAGGAGAAUAGCUUUAACCUGCUUGAUCUGAGAGUUAAUUAUAAAACAGAGGAGAUUGCACAUUCUUCAAAAGGAAUACAGAAUUCUACGGAUAUUCCUGAGAUGUCAGUCAGGCACCAAAAGGAAGUCGCAGUGGAGGGGAGGGAGAGUCCAGAGAUUGUCUCAACUUGGUCUCCGACAGGCAUUUCUUGGAGUGGUGGAGCAUCUUGGGAGGACUGCAUGACACCCGACAGAGAGCAGAGCUUGGAAAGCUCACAGCCUCUGGAAGAGGACAUGGCUUUAAACGAAGUCCUACGAAAAUUAAAGCAUACUAACAAAGAGCAGCAAACUCUGAUCCAAGACCUACAGCGUCGUAACAUGUAUUUAGAGAAGAAGGUUGAAGAACUGCAGAAGAAGACAACUAAAGAGCACGUGUUCGUGGACAUCAUCAAUAAGCUAAAGGAGAAUGUUGAAGAAUUAAUUGAAGACAAAUACAGAGUAAUGCUAGAGAAGAAUGAUACACAGAAGACAUUGCAGAAUUUGCAUGAGAUUUUAGUUAACACCCAAAAACAUCUUCAGGAAUCCAGGAAUGAAAAGGAAACCUUACAGCUAGAGUUUAAGAAGAUCAAGGGCAAUUAUGUUAGUCUACAGGAAAGGUACAUGACUGAAAUGCAACAAAAAAAUAAAGCUGCAAAUCAGUGCGUGGAGAUGGACAGAGCCUUAAGCAAGAAAGAAGAAGAGGUAGAGAGGCUGCAGCAACUCAAAGGAGAACUGGAAAAGGCCACCACUUCUGCUCUGGACUUGUUGAAAAAGGAAAAAGAGACCCGAGAACAAGAGUUCCUGUCUUUACAGGAGGAAUUUCAGAAACGUGAAAAGGAAAACCUGGAUGAAAGACAGAAACUGAAAUCUAGACUUGAGAAAUUGGUCGCUCAAGUUCAAAAUUUGCAGUUCAUAUCCGACAAUGAAAAGGCUAAGAAUACAGAACUCCAGCAGCAGAUCAACAAAGUAAAAAAUGAAAACUCAAAACUUCAGCAGCAGGUUGCAAGGAGUGAGGAGCAAAAUUAUGUUCCUCAAUGUGAGACAGCUCAACUCAAGGAGAACUUAGAGGAAGGAACAGAGUCAGAUAUGGCAAAGGAUGCAAAGAUGAUACAUUCUAAUUUGUUCCUGAAUCACUCACCUUGUGAAGGAGAGAGCCCGAAUCCCCCAGACGUGAAGAGAACUUCACAGCUGACUUCCAAAAUUCGCAGUCUUCUGGCUCUGAUGGUACGACUUCUCAUGUUCCAGGACAUCACCAAUCCCGAUGCCAGACAUUUCAAAGAGAGUGAGAAAGUUAAUGAUAUCAUGCUACAAAAAUUGAAGAGUUUUCAUCUUAAAAAGAAAAAAUUAGAUAAAGAGCUACUGAAACAUAAAGACAGAAUCACAGCUUUCAGAGAGUUAAUUGCUAAUGAAAAAUCAUUUCAAGAUCAGGUUACAGAGGUUACAGACUUGGAUUCAAAUGAAGCCAAGAAUGUCGGAGAGGUACCUGUCUUACUGGGAGCCAAACUGGAUCAGUACCACAACCUAAAUGAAGAGCUUGAUUUCUUGAUUGCAAAAUUGGGAAAUCUUCUAGAGUUAAAAGAAGACCACCGCAACAGACUCAUUGAAGAAAAUGACAAGUAUCAAAGACAUUUAGGCAACUUAAUAAAUAAGCUAAUGUUUUUCAAGGUUACAUCAUGCGAAGAAGUUAUCGAAUGUGCUGACCGAAGGCUCAUGAUACCGAACUCCCAGAUUGCACAUUUAGAAGAGAGAAAUAAACAUUUGGAAGAUUUAAUUAGAAGGCCCAGAGAGAGCACCAGAAAACCAAGAAGACUCUCAACUCUCAGUAUCUGAUGCUACAAGAUAUAUGCACAAACCCUAUGGAGUUGGUUCAGACCAUAGUAGGAUGUUAAAGUGGGACUCUUCCUGAGCUACUUCUUAAGAUGCUAAUUAAAUGUUUAUCAAUUCCCAAAACGAGAGUGAGUUUGCCCGAUGUGCAGAGGUUCUGAGGGAAAUUUCAAAGAAUCUUUUUCAUGACCCAUAUCCCUUGACCAGAUCCAGUAUAUGAAACGUCUGGAGUGUGGGGAAAAUUGCAGAAGAGAUUUCUUUGACUCUGUCGUGUCAUGAGCUCCUGUCACCCCCAAGUCAUUCUACCUCUUUUACCUAAAGCCUUGUUAGGGGGUCUCUGGGAGAUCACCUAAAGAACUUUGAAAUGUGUUUCCUAAACACAUUUAGGAAAGGGAGGAUCAGUGACGGAGAAAAUUAAAGCAAGGUGUGGCAGGCAGCACGACACAGGGGCUGAGUUGGGUGGCCUGUUCUCCCUGAUUGUCGUCAGGACAAAGAAUGUAUGUGACAGUUUCUUAAGAACCACGCAGGUGAGAUCUGAGUCAUCUUGGGCUUGGCUGAAGGCUGCCUUGUGGGAUGCCAGCAGCAAGAAGGGGAAAGGGAGCAGCACAUUCUUAGGGGCUGGUGCAGCAGUAUCAGAUGACCACCGGAAGAGAGGUGCCUCAGCCUGGGCCCAGGGAACCGUAGGGCAGGGGUCCCUGGCAGCGGCAAGCUCCCAGAGAAAGAAUCAGCCAAUCCCGGAGACUGUGAAGCCACCCAGCCAAGUAAAAAUGUCUUAUUGCUUUACUUCUCCUCCCUCCUUCUGCAAAGGGAGGAGGUGGGGAGUGAAGAGGGUGCAGAAAUUGACCUUCAGGGGCAGGUGGUGUCCACCAACUACAAGCCGUAGCUUAGGGAGAGGAAUGAGUUCUCCUGAGUGAAGAUUAAAGGAUCGAUUCAUAUUUAAGACUGGGCAUCGAACUGAGCUGUGCUUAAUUCUUCACAGUGAGAAGGAAUAUGACAAGGAGCAAGGUUGGUUGAGUUUCAUCUUCCUUGGUUUGGUUGCCAGCUGGCAGAAUUACCUUAGAGCAAAAAAAAUCACUGGGCCUGCUGCAUAUUCAGCCAACAGCAAAGGGGAGGAGCUCCCCUGAGUGAAAAAAGGCUAAAGUAGGGACUUCCCUGGCUGUCCAGUGGUUAAGACUCUGAGCUCCCACUGCAGGGUGUGUGGGUUUGGUCCCUGGUUGGGGAACUAAGAUCCCGCAUGCCAGGGAUCCCACGUGCCAUGUGGUGUGGCCAAAAAAAAACACCCCCAAAAAUAAAAAAAAAGGCUAAAGUGGGGAGCAGACAUGAAAGUUGCAUUUUCAUUAUAUCGUGGGUCAUGUUUGUUCCGAAUACCAUUUGCAAACAGAACUAUGUUUUGAAAAUCAAAAGCCUUUAGAAGGUUUACACUAUUAUUUGCAAAGUGAUAGUUUAACUAUGAUUUUCUCCCUAAUAUGAAAGAGUAUGAUCUGAUGCCUGACAUAUUACAGAUGCUCAGUAAUCGCUAGUUUAAACUGAAUGUGAAUCUUCUCUGAGUUGAUGAAAGAAACUGUGGAAUAUUUUUUUCUGGAAUUAUUUUACAAUAAGAAAAUUUGCUUCUAAAUUCACACAUUUUACUAGUUCAGAUAUUUGUUUACUUAUACUUGGCCUAUCUUCACAGUAGAUUGGAGGCCCAUUUAUAUAGAUUUAGAGUGGCCUUGAAGCAAAGGUGUGAGGUGGAGUGGAAGAGCUCUCAGGCCCUUUUAGCUGAGAAGACCGUUUCUUAGAGAACUUCAGGCUUGCAUCAGCCUUCAGCCCCGCACCAUCCAUGAGCCUCCCCUUGACCGCUGGGCCUCAGUCAAUUCAGCAUGCAAACACGCUUUAGACCACCUCUGCAUCGUCUCAGAAUUCUGGUGCUGCUUUUGCCAGUUGUCUUCAGAAGUGGAAACAGUGAGAAACAGGGAGAGAAAAGUGAGCACUUUAAUAGUCACAUGUCUUGUUUGGGCCUCUAGUUCCUUUUUUUUGUCCUCUAGUUCUUUAUCACUUCAAGGAGAUUCAUUAGGUUUUCAAGUCAUAGCCAGAAUCUUAUCCUAAGUAAAUCAGGGAGAAUGUUAAAACGUAACAAGGCUGAGGCUCAGUAUUUUUAUGUAAUUGCAGUUGAGAAUGAUCCAUAUUCUACAUACUGAGGAGCUUUAUCUUAAUCUUUUAGGGUCUCUUAGUUCUAUCGCAAAUGACAAUUUCUCUUUGAAAAGUGAGGAAAAGAAAAAUUUUAAAUAAUGGCAUCCUUGUUCACUAUGUUGCUAUUUUAGUCCUCACCCCCCCCCAGUUGUUUGUUUGUUUUACAUUAUUCUCCUUCUGUUUCCCGCAGACUGAGAAGGCAUCCGAAGCCCGUGACUGUGGUAGAUCAUACUGAUGAUCAUUAUAAAGAAUGCUGUAUUCCCAUGUAAUUGUCAAAUUACACAAAAUUAAAGAUGAGUUCCUAAAGUUA